AUGUCCGACCCGAACAACCCGAACAUCAAGCUUAGAACCACCCCCCAGUGGUCACUUUACCGGCGUGAAGCGUUUUGGAACUCGAACUUCGGCCAGUACCCUCUCUUCAAUACUGACCCAGCCGAGAUUGAAAAACUAGCAAAGGAGAAGUUGUCCCAAGGCGGAUGGUAUUACUCGUCGUGCAACGCUGGUGUUUCGUGGACCCAUUUAGCGAAUCGCCAGGCAUUUUACCGCCAUCGCAUUGUGCCGCGUACUCUGGUUGACACCAACACCCGGGACACGGCCACCGAGAUUUUCGGCCACAAGGUCUCCGCGCCCAUCGGUUUUGCUCCUAUUGGCAUCAACCGCAUCUAUCAUCCGACUGGUGAACUCUCUGUGGCAAAGGUUGCGGAGGAACUGAAUCUGGCCUACUGCCUUUCUUCUGCUGGAAGCUAUAGCAUCGAGGAUGUCGGAAAAGCCAACGGAGACGGCCCUCGCUUUUUCCAGCUAUACCAAAGUCAUGAUGAUGAACAGGCAAUUUCUAUGAUGCAGCGUGCCUGGGACUCUGGCUAUGAUGCGUGCAUGCUAACUACCGACACCUGGUCCCUUGGCUGGCGCCAUAACGACGUCUUCACCGGCAACUACGCUUUCUAUCAUGACCAUGGAGCAGGCGACCUUGGUCUGCAGGACCCUGUCUUCCAGAAACGCCUUAAGGAGGCUGGGAUUGACCCUAAGACCCACCCUAAAGAGGCAGGUGCCAAGUGGAUUGAUGAGAACAUCUGGCAUGGCCGUGCCCAUACCUGGGAAAAGGUCAAGUGGACGAUGGCCCAAUGGAAGAGAAUCAGCGGUGGCCGGCCGUUCUGCCUGAAGGGUAUCCAGAGCGUGGAAUCUGCGAAGAAAUGUGUUGAGCUUGGAAUCGAUGGCAUAGUCGUGACAAACCAUGCCGGUCGCCAGGUUGAUGGUGCUAUUGCUAGUCUUGAUGCCCUAGAGAAAAUUGUCGACGCUGUUGGAGACAAUAUCUACAUUAUGUUCGACUCAGGUGUGCGCAGCGCUGCCGAUGCCUUCAAGGCCCUGGCGCUCGGAGCCAAAUUCGUUUUCUUGGGACGCCUUUGGGUAUGGGGACUUAGCAUUGCCGGUGAGCCGGGUGUGCGUCAUGUCAUGAAGAGCUUCCUUGCAGAAUUCGAUAUUCUGAUGGAAGAAGCUGGCUUCCAAUCGAUCGACCAGAUCGAUCGUUCGGCUAUCGACAGCCUCCCCAACACUUCCAACCUGAUCGCUGAGCAUGCCCGAAUUUGA